GUUUUUGGGAAGUCAGUCGGUCUUUCCCAAUUCCGGAAUUUUCUUCUAGGAAAUGAAGAGCGAAGCAGCUCCAAAGCAACCACUCUUCUGUCUAAAAUGGCCGUGGGACGCCGCCGAUCAGAAUCACCCCAGAAGAAACUCGACCCCCUGCUCCUACGACGGUCCAUGGCUGUUCAAAUCACUCAACACCCUGAGCUCCAUCGCCAUCAAUUCCUUCAACACGAUUUCCAAUUCAUCGACCUCAUGGGCGAAUAGCAGCUUCAAUUCGGUCCAAUUGGGACCGGCGAAGGGGAACGUAAAGGCGCUGACGGCGGAAGAGCAGGGGGAGGCGGAGCAGAGAGCUUUCGCGUCGGCUCUGGCCAGUGGGAAACAGGCGACGGUGCUUGAAUUCUAUUCCCCCAAAUGUAAGCUCUGCAACUCGUUGGUCAAUUUCGUGGCGGAGGUGGAGAAGCGGAACUCGGAUUGGGUCAGUGUCGUGAUGGCCGACGCAGAGAACGAGAAAUGGCUGCCUGAGCUGCUGCAUUAUGACAUCAAGUACGUACCUUGUUUUGUGAUGCUGGACAAGAAUGGAAAGGCGGUGGGGAAGACUGGAGUUCCCAGCAGUCGAUUGCAUGUGGUUGCUGCCAUUUCUCAUCUCCUCAAGCUCAGGCGUCCCCACUCUACCACCGCUAUCACUACGCCUUCUGGAACGGGAACACCAACUCAGCCACCAUAACUCUCUUUGACUCCCCUCUGUCAAGUAUAAGAUUCUUACCCAUGUGGUUAUGGUGGCGGGCCUUCUGUUUUGUUGUUGGCUAUAUUCACCAUAAUGGAAAACAAAACAAAAGCAAGCAAGCAAGAAGAAGCCCCCCAAUUUUUUUUUUUUUUGCCUCUUAUGUAUAUUGAUCAUGUAAGACCCUCUUGUUCUUAUGCAGUUAAUGUAGGAUGUUAUUGAAUUGUGUUCUCAAACAGUAAUGACGAUUUUGACUUGACUUAUUCCAGUCUGCUAUCUGCUUCGAGAGAAACUGGAGCGAGGUUUUCCCUACUGGUUUUGCCUCGCACCAUU